AGAGAGCGGAAUCAAAGUGUUUUUUGUUCUCACCUUCAACAAUGAAGAGAGUUACACAUCAUUACACAAAUAAAGGUAAAAAAAACUGUGCAGGAAUGCUACAGUACGAGUAACGAUGACUCUCUUCAUUGUUAAAGGUGAGAACAAAAAGAUUUUGAUGUCAUCUCGAACAUGCUUAUAUAGAGGAGCUGAAACCAGAGAGAUCACAGCUUCAUUCACAGCAGCGAACAACAUUUAAGCAGAGAAUAAUAAUAUUCACCACACAGGAGAAACUAUCACUGCAUCACCAUGAUUGCAAAGAUUUGUGUCGUCCUUCUUCUGUUUGUUGCCUCUGGCAACGCACAGAUCACAACCAGAACCACCACGGCUGCACCAACAACCAGAACCACCACGGCUGCACCAACAACCAGAACCACCACGGCUCAAACAACCAGAACCACAACGGCUGCACCAACAACCAGAACCACCACGGCUCAAACAACCAGAACCACCACGGCUGCACUAACAACAACAGCAGCACCACCAACCACACAAACAGCCCCACCCACACCCACACCCACAAUCACACCGACACCCACACCCACACCCACACCCACACCCACAAUCACAUCCACAUCCACAUCCACACCCACACCCACACCCACACCCACACCCACACCCACAAUCACAUCCACACCCACACCCACACCCGCAUCUUGUGAUACCAGCACAGCUAGACCAACAACCCCAUCCAGCACAGCUGGUUGUGAGACCAACAAGGCUAGACCGACAUGUAGUGUGGAGUGUGUUUGUAAAUGCUGAUCUCUGAUAUGUCAUCACACGUGUCUCUGAUGGAGGUGUCUAUAAUUAAUCAAAACUUCUGUGAUUGGAGGACUCUGUAAUGUUCUGAUUCAAAGGGUUGUGUGUGAAUCUGCUUUUUGUCUGUUAUUGCAUAAAAACAAUAAAGGUUUACCAAAGUUA